GUCCGUGGGCGUCACGUUCGGGCCCCUGCCCCCUCCGGCCCAACGUUUGUUUCCUCAGACGUUCUCACCCAAACGUCCGAGGGGCGUUAGGAUUAGCUGAACGCGGAGAGCGUUCCUGUGCCACCUUUCUGAGCCCAUCAGCUAGUCUCCACGCGCGGUUGCGCACAGUUCUUAAAGUUCGUGCGCAGAAUGUCAGGUUCAUGCAGAUCUGCAGUAGGAAGCAGGAGAAGUGGAUCCAGUGCUGUCUCAACUGAGUAGGAGGGCAGUAGCUCUGCAUGUAGACUCCAUGCUUUUAUUGUGGGGACAUUCCUGGACCACAAGGCCUGUGACAUUAUGGUUCCUCAGUGGUGAUACCUUCAGAUAUUCAUCAACCUCAUGGAAAAUUUUGUACAAUUGGCUGCAAAUAGAAGAUCAAGCAAAAUAAUCUGCUGUGCAUUGCAACCUAGGAGGUGAAUCAAUCUUCCAUUUAGAGGUAAGAAAAAGUACAAUGGAAUGGGAAAAUCAAACCAUUCUGGUGGAAUUCUUUUUAAAGGGGCUUUCUGAUUACCCAAGGCUUGAGCUACUCUUUUUUGCACUAAUCUUAAUAAUGUAUGUUGUCAUCCUUCUGGGCAAUGGCACCCUUAUUUUAAUCAGCAUCUGGGACCCCCACCUUCACACCCCUAUGUACUUCUUCCUGGGGAACCUCUCCUUCUUGGACAUCUGCUACACCACCACCUCCAUUCCCUCCACUAUGGUAAACUUCCUCUCAGAAAGAAAGACCAUAUCCUUCUCUGGCUGUGCAAUACAGAUGUUCCUUGGCAUGGCCAUGGGGACAACAGAGUGUGUGCUCCUGGGCAUGAUGGCCUUUGACCGGUAUGUGGCUAUCUGCAACCCUCUAAGAUACCCUGUCAUCAUGAGCAAGGAUUCCUAUGUGUCCAUGGCAGCUGGGUCCUGGUUUGCUGGGGUUAUCAACUCUGCAGUGCAAACUGCAUUUGUGAUACAAUUGAACUUCUGUAGGAAUAACAUCAAUCAUUUCUCUUGUGAAAUUCUGGCUGUCAUGAAACUGGCCUGUGCUGACAUCUCAGGCAACGAGUUCAUCAUGGUUGUGGCCACGACAUUGUUCACACUGAUGCCCCUGCUUUUGAUUGUCAUAUCUUACUCAUUAAUCAUCUCUAGCAUCCUGAAGAUCCGUACUUCUGAGGGGAGAAGCAAAGCUUUCUCCACCUGCUCAGCCCACCUGAUUGUGGUGAUAAUAUUCUAUGGAACCAUUCUCUUCAUGUACAUGAAGCCCAAGUCUAAAGAGACACUUAAUUCAGAGGACUUGGAUGCCACUGACAAAUUGAUAUCCAUGUUCUAUGGAGUGAUGACUCCCAUGAUGAAUCCUUUAAUCUACAGUCUCAGAAACAAGGAUGUAAAGGAGACAGUGAAACAUCUAUUUAACAGAAGUUUCUUUAGCAAGUGAAUGGAAAAGAUGAUUGAAUUGUGAAUACAUUGGGCAUUGUUAAAGGCUUAGAAUUAUGUUGGAAUUUUGGUUACUUUUUCUUGUUUUGAACUUUCACAUAUUACUCAACAAUUUUUAUGAUGACAUACAGCAUUUCAAUAUUAUGUCAUGCUCACUAUAGAGAAUUUGCAAGAUACAGGACAUAGGAUGAAGAAAAUAAAGAGAUCACUUAUUACUCUAACUCUAGGAGAUGGCUUUCAAGUAUUUAACAAUAUAUUU